CCUCUAACUCCCACUUUGCUAAUCAUGAUGACGCUGAACGAGAGUAAUUUAAUCAACCGAAUCAACAAAUUAGCUCGUCACAAUAAAUGAACAAAACUUUUCCAAUAAACUCUCACUGAACAUUGUGCCAAUCAGCCAUUCACAACAAGAACAACAAUUAGUUGAUUUUAGUAAAAUUUAGUAAAACAUUUUAGCUCAAUUUCUGUCAAUCAACAACAAGUAUCAACAGUUAGCAGUUAAUUAGAGUGAAAACCAAUCAACUUAUUACCUUAAGAAUCUAUCGUUCGGAUUAUUAUUCAACUUCAUCAAUCAAUCAUCAUGAACAUCCAUUGGAUUAUUUUGAGUUUUCAAUUAGCCCUUUUGACUGUUAGUUUUACCGUUGAAGCGGGUAAAAAGGGCAGUGAAUCGGGAAUCAUUGUGAUCAACAAUACCGGCGGUGGUAAAUGUGGUGGAUCUGCAAAGACAAUUGUUAAAACUGGAGCAAAGGGUAAGAAAGGUAAAGGUGGAAAGGGCAAGGGACACACUAUCAUUGCUUCAUCUGGUGGAGGUGGUGGUGGCUGUUCAUGUGGUGACCAUGGUCAUCAUGAAGAGUCAAAGGUUGUCACUAUUCCAGUGCCAGUCCCAGUUACUUACCAUGAUAAUAAGUUCAUGGCUCGUCGUACCGUUGGUUAUGAUCACGCUGCAUCAGGUACUCGAAUGAUGCCCGUCUUUGUUUCGGCCAAUUCUCCCGUUUCAAUUGCAGGUUCAUCUCCCGCUUCAUCAAUGGUUUCAUCGGCAAUGAGUCACUACCCUUAUGGUGUCAGUAGUUCUUACGGAGGCGAUAUCGCUGUUGCCGCUUCGACCAAUCCUUUCAUCAAUCCAUUCACUGUUUCAAACACCAAUGCCUACAGUUAUAUGACCCCCGCUGCCGCUGCUUCCCAUCAACAAAGACCAGUCGGUGAUCGUGGUCUUUUGAAUCCUUCUGAGGCUCGACAAAUGUUUUCUCUCCUUCCCGCUCAACAAUUAGGCCACCAUUUCGCUCACUCUGUCAGCCAUUCAAACUCUGCUCCAUAUGAAUCAUCUUCAGGUAACGAUCGUCAUCACGGUUAUCCUCAAAUGUCCUCAUAUGGAGCUUAUGGUGAUUCUGGUUACCUUAAUCAUCAACCAACUCCUUUCAAUUCGAUGCCAAUUUAUGAACCAAUUCGACCUGAAGAAGAUUAUAUGGGAAAUGUAAACCAAGGUGAUGAAAGAUCCUAUCAUAAUCAUGGAGGAUCAUCUUCUUCAUCUUCAUCUUCUCACUCUUCUGAUGGGCCAUCUUCAUCUUCAUCAUCGUCAAUGGAUGAUGAUGAAUCUCGUAAUUACCAAUCAGCUGCUCUGUCUCCCUCCUCAUCGACUGGAUCAAGAGUUUUAAGAAAACCAUCAAACUAUGAUGAUACACCAGCUUCUCCAUCAUUAUCACCUCUCUCAUCUCCACAAGUCUCAUCAUCAUCAUCUUCUUCUCAAUCAUCCUCAGUAUCUUCAGAGAAAGAGUAUAACACAAAAGACAAGUCAGGCUAUUGGCCAGAAAGAAGAGCCUAAGGCAAAAAGAACAGCUAAUCAUCAUCAUCGUCAUUAAAUGUAAAAACACCUUCAUCUUCUUUCAUCAUCAUCUUACUCUUCUUCUUAACCGGUGCCUUGGGCCAAUUUGGUUCUCUCUCGAUAUUUUCCCUUCUUUUCUUUUACAUAAUCUCACCUUCUCCUCAUCCCUCCUUGGAACAUUUUCGACCUUCGGCCCGAAAAUUCUGACCUGAUUUGUUUCCCUUUUCGAUAACCUUUAAGUGCUAAAUUUGUGCCUCUUUUCACUCGACAUCAUCUUGUUUCUUUUUUUCUUCUCUUCGAUUUAUCCAUAGACUUAAUCUUCCUUUUUAUUGAACUUCUUAAUCCAUCGGAGAUUAACAGGUUGUUGAUCCAUAAGAUUAUCCAUUUAUAUUUGGAUCCAUUUUUUAAUCUUCCAAUAAUAAGGUUGGAAAACCACAAUUUAAUUACAAUAAAAGAAGACAAAUCAACACAAUUAACAACAUAAAAGUUAAAUAUUAAUCGUAAUCAUUGUAAUCUCCCUUUUUCCCAUACAAAUUAAAAGUGGAUUAAAAAAGUAACGUUACUGUUGCAUUACAAUUUAA